AUGGCCAAGAGAGGACAGGGACUCCGGAGACCUGUCUUCUAUGCCGAUCCAAAGCAGUUCGAGAAGACGCAGGAGCUUGUGAACAACUUCUUGCCGUGCCUACGGAGCUGGCUGGAAGCCAUCGUCAAGGCUGCCAACUUUAUGGAUGAAGAUGCCAUGGGUGUGGACUUGCAGGAUCUGCUUCGCGUGCAGAAUCACGUGAUUCUGACGCGCCGAUCCUUGCAGCAAGUUGGGGUCAUGCUCUGCAAAUUCCAGGAGGCAGGCACCGAAGUGAGGAACUUGACCUCGCUGGGCAUCGUUUUCAACUUCGAAGAGCUUCAGGUGCACGAUGAUGAGAAGAGACCUUUGGACAAUUUUCAGGAUGUGUUCCAGCAGUUCAUCGGUCUUCAUCCAGGCAUCGAAUUGGCACAACAGGAAGAUGAAGAGGAUCCCCAGAUGUCGUCCUGGAUGCAUCUUCUGGAGGGUCUCAAUGAGGAUGUGCCUUGUGAGCUGAGACGGCAGCGACUGCUGAGGUUGCAGUCUGCCCUCAAACGCCGGGGAACUUCUCUAGGGGACCCGUCUCCAGAGGUUUUAGAGCUGGCAACCACCUUGCUGUUACCGCAGUUGUUGCACAGCAAGGCUCUGACCUUCAGCCCCGGCUAUGAUUCAGCGCGUAGUGUGCGCAGUGCCAGAGAGGCCAGUUAUGUGGCGAUCCUGCCCAAUGUGGCACUGGGUGAGAUCGAGGGCCCCGAGUUGAGGUACUCCUUUGUGACAUCCUCGCAGACCUUUGUGACGUGCAUGGUCAACAUGUCGUUUCGCGCGUAUUUGGAAGAUCCAACGAAUUGGUAUUCCUGCCUUCUGGCCUUGGCGCUCCUCACUAGGAUCUCGUCUGAGCUGAGUGGUCGACUCCUUCAUACUGAUGCAGCACUUUGUGUCUUCGAUGUGUUGAAGGAGGUCCAAAUGCAGUUGACGCGACAACGCGAGGAAGUGCUGGCGGCUACUGGUCGGAUGACUCGUCUUCAUUUGCCACAAGUCCCGCAGCCAGUCGCGACUCCAUCGACGGCAUCACGAAACCUGGGCAUGGACUGGACUCCACCCUCCUGGUCUCCAGUGGAGGAGCCCAAAGUUGAUGAGUCUCUUGGAGAGGAUCACCCACUCUCCGUCCCAUCAGAGAUGCCACACUGCUCGAGUGCUUCGGAUGAACGUGAGCCACCUGAGACUGGAUCAGGUGCAAGUCCAGCCUCUAGUGUACCUCCAUCCUUGUCCAUUGAUGUCAUGGACCUGGCGGCUCCCCUGCGGUGGCCGAUGCAAGCCAUAAAAGGAUCUCUGGGGCUGGGUCGGCCCUCGGUACCCCCGUUGAACCUCGAUGCCGCCAAGUUGGUGGCGGGAGAUCCUCGCGAUGCUCCCAGCACCACACAGAGAUUGAAGACACUCUCGAGUUCCAGAUUGUCACGGAGGCUAAAGAUGGAGGCUCAGCGAACGCCAGCUCCAAACCAUUGUUUUUUCUCCUGUACAACUGCGAGCAACAAUUUCGGUGAUGUUUUUAUGGAGAGUGGCCGCUUCACGGUGACCCCCUUUGUGGGACUGCAGAACCCUUUGUUGGCGAGGAAACCAAAUUUCGGAGGCCCGAAGGUUCAAGCAGGCGAUGACCUUGCGAAGAUGCUCGGGGAAGCUGCACUGCUGGCGGAUUUGGGGCCGCUGCUGCGGAUGAAGCAGGAGAAGGCUGUGCAAGAAGCAGUGGAAAAACGAAGUGUGAGCAGCAACGGCACCAGCGGCUCGGAGGCGCAGCAAACCACCGCCUCCUUGGCCAAUCGCAUCGCUUCACAGGAGAGCUUGCUGUCUGCAUUUUCAGGGACCCCUCGAGAUGCACAGGUGACAGCGCGCCGACCCGCACCCUACCGGCGGAUUCGUUUGCACGCCUGUUUGGUGCUGGAGGGCCUUUGCCAAUGCAUACCUUCUGGCAGUGCUGCCUUCUUUGAGGUGCCGGUGAGCGAAAUCUUUGAGAUGCUGCAGUCCUCCUGCUCCAGGGCUGGGGCCUGUUCUUUCAGCUUGGAUGAUCAACCUGUCCAGCUGCCAAUUCAGGCUCCCAGCGUGGUUGACCUUCUACCAGUGGCGCGGCUCGAGAGGUUGCAGCGGCUGGCGGGAAGGCUUUGCGUCAGUUCACGCUGUGUGUGCGGUGCUGACAACGGCCGCGACAAUGAUGCCUGCAGUCCUUGCACCUGCUUGGACGAUCCGACUGCCUCGUGUUUGUGGCAAUUGCUAGCUGAGCAUGGCAGACAGGUUGAUAUCAAGGUGGCUAAAGCUGCGCCCACGCCUCCAAGCUGUCGGAUGGAAGAAGUCCAGGAAGUCAACUUUGAUGAUCCUGCCGAGCGUCAUUUCCCACCGCACGGUUUCGGCAAGUGGCAGUGGCACCAGAGGCUUGGUAUGGACAGCUUCCUCAAGAUGCUGGCCACAUCUUUGACCCAGACUCUCUCACAACUGAAGGGUGCUCAACGAGCCGGCACCGCUGGGCCAGAUGUGAUCAUGUCUCUCCAGCACCGGUUGAGUGCCACGUUGCGCCUGACGGCGCGGUACCUGCGGACGUCGACGCCGUCGCCACGGCUGGUCCUGGCGCAUCGGGUGUUGUCGACGCCGCUGGCGGCGCUGAAGACCUACCUGGCCAGCGGCAUGGCGGAGCUGGACCGUGGCGAACGUGGCGGAACCAAUGCAGGUGCCACAAGGGCCGUUGUUUGUUUUGCGGAAGCGCUGGUGGGGAUCAUGCUGCUGGGUGUGAGAUCUUCCGGUGGAGUGCAAGGGCAGCUGGGUCAUUUGCUGCUGGUGCUGCUAUUGGACUUCCCGGUGCCCUUGCACCGCAAGGGUCCACCACUGUCCAGUCGUCCGGCCAACUCCCUGCAGUUCAAGGGAUUGCCAAGUACACCGAUGUCCACUGAGCCGGACGCCAACGCCUCAGUGCCGACCAAACUGCCCUUCACCAAGGAUGCCUCCCAUGGCUUCUCUAAAGGCAAGGGUCGUUGCAGGUUGUGUGCCAUUCACAAGCUUCUGGUGGCUGAAGAGAUAAUCUAUGGACUUUAUGCUGUCGGUAGCCUCACCGAAGAGUAUGAACUUCUGCCCGGUGACUCCCUGGUGGCUGCUGGAAUGGUGGGCUAUGCUGGCCCCUUCGCUGGCGAGUACCGCCAAAGUUUCGAGAAGCUUUGGCUGUCGACGGAGGACAACGAGGGCAUCACGCACAAGCAGGGUGUCAUCAUCCAGCAGUGGGCUGUGUGUGGCUUGCCCAAUGACAACCUGUCGGUGGAGAACGGGAUCAUCAUCGCCACCGCCAGGCGAUGGCCAUUGAUGAUUGACCCACAAAGACAGGCAAACAAAUACAUCAAGCUCUAUGGCAAAAUGGCAAGCGAACAAGGAAUGGGUGCCGUCCUCACUGGAUCUUCAUUGGAUCUCCCGGGACUGAGGCUUGGUAUCCAGUUUGGCAAAUGGAUUCUGUUGGAAAACAUCGGUGAAGCGCUGGAUCCUGCACUGGAACCUGUGCUUCAGCAACAGAAAAUCCGUGACGGGACCUCGUUUGUCAUCAAGCUGGGUGACAAGAACGUGCCCUGA